ACCAAUGAAGAUUCUCUUUUUCUUUGCCCUUUCUCUCUUUCUCUCUCCAUUUUGCGGCUGUCCCUGCCACUGCCCCUGCCCCUGCCGCUACUCUGUUUUUGUUUUUUUUGGCUCUGUGGGAAUACUUUAAAAGGGCUUCAUCCUCCAUUGAAGCCCCUCCUCCUCCUCCACUUAUUGUUCACAGAGAGAGAGAGAGAGAGAGAGAGACACGCACACAGAGAGAGAGAGAGAGAAAGAGAGAGAGAGUGGCAAAAGAGAAUGUAUGCAGACAGUGAGCUAAUGUUCCCUUACUUCGAGACCUUCUCUCUUCAAGAACAGGACCUCGAGGAGUCCUGUUGCUCCAACAGUUCCAAUGUUUCUGUGGUCAGAACUCUCUCUCUCCCUCUCUGUGGAAACUUGGUUCAGACCUCCACAAUAUCAGAGUAUGACUUGGGGGCAGAAGGGGAUUUAUUCAAAGCUCCAGAACCUAUUAUUGAAGAACCAGUUGUGGGUUUUGAUCCCAUUUCUGCUUCGAUUACAAUAAUCUCUUGUGGGGAAGAUGGCAUAUCCCCUCAAACGCUCGAGUUUGCAGACAUUGACUCAAUUCAAACCGAGCAACUAUUAAGUGAGGUUUUCUAUGAAUGCAAGAAGGAUCUGUUGGCCAAAGAUGCUAUUGACACCCCACUCUCUGAGUUAUUGGACUUCAAGAUUCCUGUUGUAGGGACAGAUGAACACCAGAUUGCAGAGGACAAAUUCAUCCCUGAAGGGUCAUUCCAGAAAAGCGUUAGCUCAGGAUGUUUAACCUCAAUGGAAUGGAUAAACGGGGCUCCGAUGAGGCCAAACUUUCUGGAUUUUCCUGGAAUGGACCUUAAUGCUGUUUAUGGGAUUCGAAGGGCCUUCAGUGAAGGUGACAUAAAGACUCUUGGUAAUCACAAUGUUAACCUCAUCCAAUCUUCCGUUGGGCUGCCACAGUUUGUAAGCAACUGUAAUGCUGAAGACCGCAGACAAAAGCUUUCCAGAUACAGGAACAAGAAGACAAAGAGGAAUUUUGGCAGGAAAAUCAAGGGGAGGUUGCCAGUGCAUCUUUAUUUUAUCAUGACAGCAUCCUUUUGGGACUUUGCUAGCAGCAUCAAGUAUGCUUGCAGGAAGGCUCUGGCUGAUAGUCAGCCAAGGAUUCGGGGAAGGUUUGCAAAGACAGAAUAAACUGACCUCUUGAAGAAGCAAUAGCUAAAAUCGAUCCAGCAGUCUGAAGCGGAUAUAGCAUAUAGGAUGAAGUAUCAAGAAGCAGCACGAGCAAGUAACAAAUGACAUACCAGCAGAAACUCGACUUUCCAGAAGAUAGAAAUGGGUUUCGCUCAAUAAGACAGUUCCCCGGCACCUGCAAAAACUAGUUGAUCCCCUGUGUUUUUUUGUAAUAAUCGUCAUAAAUGGAAAUGUGCUAGUAGAGUUGGUGAUGGUAUUGUAUAUAUGUGGUGUCCCCCCCCCCCCAACCAAAAAAAACAAAGAGAGUCAGUCUCAAAAGUUUGUUUCAACUCACGCGUUGUGAAUCAUCUUAAUAUGAUAUGGGUGUUGUGAAAUCAUCUUAAUAUGAUUAGGUAAUGUUAAUCCCAUGGAUGUGUUGAAGCCCUUUCGCCUUAA